CAUUCUGAUCUUUCAAAUGACCUUCCCGAUUCCUUCAAAAGUUCAUGGACAGACACGUAGUUAGAAAGCACAAACUGGCAUCCAGUGAUGACAGUAGUCUCACUGAAGGAGCAUCGAAGGGGAAGAAAAGUCACAAACAUGAGCAUGCUCAGUCAGAUGAUGCCAGGCCAUCACACAAGCUGUGUGAAGUGCAGGGUGACUUGUUUUCAUGUCAUGACAGUGAAUCUCUUGCUCACUGCAUAAGUGCUGAUGCCAGAAUGGGUAAGGGGAUAGCUGUACUCUUUAAGAAAAAAUUUGGAGGAGUGGAUGAGAUCUUAACUCAAGCACAAAAACAAGGAGGUGUGGCAGUUCUGGAAAGAGGGAAAAGAUAUGUUUACUACUUGGUCACCAAGGAAAAAUACUUUCAUAAACCAACAUACAACAGUUUACAGUCAUCCCUGACAGCAAUGAGAGAUCACUGUGUUAGUCAUGGUGUAACAAGUAUAUCAAUGCCAAGGAUCGGUUGUGGCUUAGAUGGCCUGCAAUGGCCAAAAGUCAGAAAUACCAUAAUUCAAGUGUUUCAAGAUACAGACAUAAAAUUGACUGUAUACACAUUGUAGCAGAUAGAGAAGACAGUAUCAUAAUAAUUAUUAUGCAAGUUCAUUUAGAGAGUGAGAUUGAACAGAUGUGUAUAUAAGUAUUGCUGUUUGUUUUGGAAUACAUUGUACAUCUUGGAGAAAAACUGUUUAUAUUCAUGUAGUACAGUACAAACAUCAAACGUCUGUAAUAUUACUUUUAAUGCAAUGAAAUGGUUCAGACAGCUGCCUGAGUAUCCUUGUAUUCCCUUGUCUAAUUGAUAUAUAAAUUAAUAUUAAUCUCAACAAAACUUUGUUUUGUUGGUAAUUCAAAAUGGCAAUUUUUUUCUUCUGCCUCAGUUUUCCUUUGAAGUAUUGUCAGUGCUCUUUAACAUUUGGCAUUUAGAAAUGAUUGCUAAUGACCUCCAUCUUUUUGAAAUGGCUCCUUGUUGGUGAUCUUUUCAAAAUAUCUAACACACAACCCCAUCUGUUUUAUCAGAGUAAACCCUAGGGGUGGGGUAAAAAACUACAGUUCUCUUUUGAAAAACAGGCUGGUGUGUUGCUGCUUCUGCAACAGGAACCUUAUACCAAGCAUGAUGGCAACAGGAACGACAAUGUUGCCAAAGAAAAGGCUUAAUGCCUGGGGGCACUCACAUUUAAAAAGGACGGGAGUUCUCAUCGGACCUUUUAGGGGUUAGAGUGGUUUUGAUGCCUCUUAGUGUGUUCAGCCUCCAAAGCUCCACAGCAGGACCUUCUGCAGUACCUUUUAAGGGUAUUGAGCCGAAAUAAAAUGUGACAGGAGAUAAUGUGUUGCUUUAGAUUUGGUACCUCUUAAGGGGU